AUGUCGUGGUGUAUAAAACAUCCUGAAUAUUCAAAAGAAAAUGAUAGGAUCAACUCGUACAUACACGCCCGAACGAGAAGUUUUGUUAGCGAAUGCAGAAUCGAACUCGCUGAAGCAGGAUUCUUCUACGCAGGAAAAAAGGACCAAACGAUUUGUUUUUACUGCGGUGGUGGACUACACCAUUGGCAAGAUAUCGAUGAUCCUUGGGAAGAACACGCGAAAUGGUUUCCCAAGUGUCCGUUCGUAUUGGUACACAAAGGACAAGAUUUCGUCAACGAAAUGAGAUCCAGAACCGAAAGAAACGCCCUACAAAAGAAAAGGAUUCCAACAAACAACAUUGCUGUACCCCCACCGAUAGAAGAAUCAAACAUCGAGUCCGUGGUUCUUGUUGGUGUACGCAAACUUCGCUUGUCAAAUUCCACUGACACAAAGGUCAGGCCUUGUCUCACCCUCGUCAAACAUCAACCUGGCGGGUCGUACGCAGUCUUCGCUAAAUUCCAGCUGUACGCAAAUUUCGCUGUACGCAAACUUCGCGACACCACUUGGUAG